UUUGAUGUCGUGUUUGUCAAGAUUGUGAUAUUUGUGUGUUUACAGUGAUUUAUUCCCGUUACUAUAAUCCAUAACGAAGUAAAAGCUUUUAAGGAGUAGAUGAAGGUGUCAGUAUGUCUCGCAACAAAGACAAGCAUGAGGGCGCGAGCGGGCGCACAUACCACAUUAUGUCGGAGGCGGAGAGGGCGUCCGGCCGUCGAGGAGGCUGGACCACGCUUGAGGUAACAGGAGGUGUUCGCGCCCUGGCGCCUCAACUGUUUCAACUGACGCAUCUCACCGCCUUGUAUUUGAACGACAACUCCCUGCAACGGAUCCCGUCGGACAUCAACCAGUUGGUGAAUCUGCACACACUCGACGUGUCCAACAACAAGUUGAGAUCGUUGCCGGCGGAACUAGGCGAUCUGAUACAGCUCAGAGAGUUGCACCUCCACAACAACUAUCUGAGAGUUCUGCCGUACGAGCUCGGCAAGCUGUUCCACCUGCAGAUGCUCGGGCUACAGGGUAACCCGCUUAGCAAGGAGAUGCUGUCCAUAUACAACGACAACAAUGGCACGUCGAAGCUGUUGACGUAUAUGCUCGACAAUUUACAAGUUACUGCCACUUUACCACCACAGAGGCCUUGGAUACCACUGACGCGACCAAACAGGUCUCGUCCGACAUGUAUCUUCACGGUGAUGUGUUACAACGUUCUCUGUGACAAAUACGCAACCAGACAGAUGUACGGCUACUGCCCUAGUUGGGCUUUAGAAUGGGAUUACCGAAAGAAAGGUAUCUUGGACGAAAUUAGACAUUACUCUGCAGACAUCAUUAGCUUACAGGAAGUGGAGACAGACCAGUUCUACAAUUUCUUUCUGCCAGAAUUGAAACAGGACGGUUACGACGGUAUCUUCUCGCCCAAGUCUCGGGCGAAGACCAUGUCCGAGUCGGAGAGGAAGUAUGUCGACGGAUGCGCUAUAUUUUUUAGAUCUGCCAAGUUUUCUUUAGUAAAAGAGCACCUUAUAGAGUUCAAUCAAUUAGCGAUGGCAAAUAGUGAAGGUUCAGAUAACAUGUUAAAUCGUGUGAUGCCGAAAGACAACAUAGGAUUAGCGGCAUUAAUAAAAACGAAAGAAGCUGCGUGGGAAAAUGGAAUACCAACAGAUUCGUCAGUGCUCGGCCAGCCGAUCCUGGUGUGCACCGCCCACAUCCACUGGGACCCAGAGUUCUGCGACGUGAAGCUAAUCCAGACGAUGAUGCUCAGCAACGAGCUGCGCACGAUACUGGACGACUCGGCGCGGACCCUGCGCCUCGCCGGCCAGCGCGACAACGUGCAGCUACUGCUCUGCGGUGACUUCAACUCGCUCCCCGACAGCGGCGUGGUGGAGUUCCUUUCGUCGGGCCGUGUACCGGCCGACCAUCGCGAUUUCAAAGAGCUCGGAUACGCGACGUCGCUGAGACGCAUGCCCAGCUCAGAGCGGGAGUUCACGCACAACUUCAAGCUCGCAUCCGCAUACAGCGAGGAUAUCAUGCCCUACACUAACUAUACCUUUGAUUUCAAAGGUAUAAUCGACUACAUAUUCUAUAGCAAGCAGUCAAUGACGCCCCUCGGUCUCCUAGGACCACUUUCACAAGAUUGGUUCCGGGAACACAAGGUCGUCGGCUGUCCACACCCUCAUAUACCAUCAGAUCAUUUCCCUCUUCUGGUGGAGCUGGAGAUGUGCCCGAGCGCGAGCGGCAACUCCAACGGACUCAUCGGGCGCAGGUAGCACGCGUCGCCGCGCGCCGCCCGACGUCGACACGCGCACGCACGCGACGCCCGCGACGCGCACGCCAGGGACCCCAGGGACCCUCGGGACCCCAGGGACCCCAGGGACCCCACCACCAACGCCAAGAAGUCCACCUAGGGGCCGGACCGCUCCACGAUACUCUACGUCCGACGCGAGUAAACCCUCUCACACCACCGGUAUUUUACCGAGCUGUAGAGUUGAGACAGAGAUUAAUACCAUUAGUAACAAGUAGAGGUAUAUAGUCGCAAAGUGCUGCGGAUAGUAGGUAAUUGUUUAUUUUGAAUAUUUUGUUAUGUAGUCAAAAAUAACUAGAUCAAAAUAA